CUGUAUCUCCUUGAUAUAGUGAAACUGGCUCUCUCUCGCCCGUGGACGUAGCUAACACACAUCGUGUUAGUGAACCACGUAAAUCGUGUGUCGUAUUUUCGAUUCUCGCUUUUCGUAUUCUUGCUUUGUCGAUUCCUGCGAUUUCUCGAUCCGUAGCAGCGCGUUUAUAACACUCAAACUGCCCAAAAAUUGCAAGGUACGUUUACAGCCAGUACAUCAAGCUAAGCACUCUCCCAUCCCAUUCCCAUGUGGUAAUUUAGUACUGAGAGACCAGACCACACCGUACGUACCCAAAAGAAACGGGUCCAAAAUCACACAAGGGAAAGGAAAGAGACAGCAAAUAGUGGGAAAGGAAAUCAUCAUCGUCGUCAUAAAUGUCUCUAGCUAGUUGUUAAACUCCACAACCGCCGCUUGUCCUCUCUCUCUUAAGAGUUAAGAUCUUUUUUUCUUUGUGCCUCGACGACUCCGCAUAUAACGACGGAUCGGACCGCAUGGCGCCAUUGUUAGAUUAGAUUAGAUUGAGCACGGCAGUACCGUAGUGUAGGUACGGUUGACCCGUACGUACGGCAUUACGUACACACAGCUCUCAAUCUGACAAAACAAUGUGCUUCUGCUUGUGCUUGUGCUGCAUCCAUCGCCAUUAAUGCAAUGAUCCGCCCCACCCACUAGAGAGCCAGCCAUUAAUUCCCUUAUUAUUAUUACAGAAAAGAAAAGUCUGGGUUGGAUCUAGCUAGCUACUGGUCCAGUUCCAAUUCGUCUCCCGCAUUAACUACGGUCCGACCCCACUAUGGGCCCGGCGGACAUGGACAUGACCGGCCCGACCCCGUCGGCCCAUUUUGUUUUCGUGGAAAGAACAGCAAGAGAGCUGGAGGAUGAACGGUCAGGUAAGGUAUCAAGUGGGCAGCGGUGGCGGGUCAGAGCAGAGGAAGUUGCUGCCUAUGCUUCUUCUUCUUCUUGGGAGUGGAGGGAACAUAUCUAUCUAUCUGGCCUUGCUGCAGUGAUGUCUUUGGUUGGGUAGCCAACUACUAUUCAAUCGGGUCUCGUACGUUCUUGAAAUUGUGUGGUGAUUAAAUUUACUGGUCUCAACUAAUUAAUUAUCAAGUAUAUAUAGUGCAAAACAUCAACACGUCAUGAACGGACAUAACAAUUUCGUCGAUGGCCACCAUUAGGACAAGGUAGGGGGCGACGGUUACUACGACUCGAUCAUAAUAUCUCUUAAAUUCAAGCAUACAUUUUUUUAUCUCCACAUAAAUUCUUACCGUUCAUAGACAACCUAAAGAUCGAGAAAACACGAUAUUUCAUACUACAACCCAAAAACUCACAUCAAAUUACCUAACCUGCCGCAUGCAUUCAUGCACCGAGAGAACAACUCUUUCCAUCAAAUUCAUUCUUCCGUCCUCUGGAUGUGACAUUUUCCUCUUCCCUAGAGUAAAUAUCUCACCAAAUCCACUUCCAUUCGACUUCAAAUCAGUUACUUAAAGCCCCAACCAAACCACCACCUAACCUUGCAGCCCACUGCCCAAUUUCCCCUCUCUAUUUUCUAGCCCCUUAGCUUGUGUUAUUUCCUCAUUGAUGUGUAUUCGUAGCCGUCCAUCAUAUAUCUCAUGUCGACCCCAUUUACGUGCAAAAUUUUCAACGCUACGUACUACGACUACUAGUCCCCCAUUCUUUCCAACGAGACGCCCCAUUCCGCCCGCAACCCCUUUCCUUUUUUUUUUAAUCUUCUUCUCUACUAAAAGUCGCUACCAUACACUGUUUUCAGUCCAACUUCCAUGCACGACGACAAAACAGAGGUUUAAUUUUUACACCGUUCUAUCCAUACGUACUCCGGAAACUUCUGUCCAGAUUUUACUUUUUCCGGCCUAACCUCUCCCACGGCCACCUACUACAAUAAGUGGUGUUACAAAAGGGCAGGCAUAUUACAAAACAACACAAGUGCAACCCUAGCUAAAGCUCAAUAAUCAACCUUUUGAUGUAUACCAUCGGUUGCUUUCUCAAUAUCAUGGUAUGGGAACGUCACUUGGCUGGCUAGCUAGCUGGGCUGGUGCCUCGUUGCAUACUAUAGCUUUACAGCAAAACCAAAAGGUGCGUACGUACGUAGUGUAUUAGUUGUUUGCAGUCGCUUGCUGAUUGCUGUAUCGAUCUGUGCGGUGUGACGUUACAUUGUUGGCUCUGAGACUGAGAGUAGUUAAUUAUAGUAUUUGCUGAACCGUACACUGGCUUUUGUCAUACCGUAUGGGUAGUGACAUGGCGCCCAGCCCAUCUUGCCGUUUAAAGCCAAGUGCUUUUUUUUUUCUACCACUGCGAAAGGAAAAGCAGCUGUACGUGGGACGAGAUAAAGAGAUCCGCUGACUCGUAUUCACUAGUCACGACCCACCAUACCCAAGACCCAACGUUCUUUUUUAUUAUGUACAAUAAUUAGUGUUUGUUUCAAUCCUUUAUUUUCUUAUUUAAGAUUCUAUAAUAUUAGUAUAGCAAAAAUGACGUGUUAGCUUUUUUUUUUUUUUUAAGAUUACAGAUCACGGAUUCGGUAUGAGUCUAUUAUUCAACGAUGAUUAACUCAAUUAAGCAUCGAUUUAGUCGAAUUUAUACCGGGUCAAUUUUCGACAGAUUUUAAAGGUAUACCAUUACAAAUUUCAUGCAAUUUUUCGGGAAUGCCAUUUUCUUUCGACUCUGGAGGCUACAGAUCACGAAAUCAAGUCAAGGCUAUUCUCCACCGAUAAUGAAGUCAUUUGAUCCUAUUCUCCACAGAUGAUAAGUCAAUUAAGCACCAAUUUGGGCAAAUUUAUUUUCGGAUGACAUUUUCGUAAUUUUUUUGGCGACGAAAGGCCAUUUUCUUUGUAUUUUUAAGGUUACAGAUCAUGGGUUCGCCCUGAGGUUAUUCUUCAACGAUGAUUAAGUUCAUGAAGCACCCAUUUGAGCGGAUUUAUUUUGGGUCAAUUUUUGGCAGAUUCAAAUGGGGUACCAUCACAUAUUUCGGGCAAUUUUUUUGAAAUGUCAUUUUGUUUCGAUUCUAUAGGCUACAGAUCACAGAAUCAGGCCGAGGCUAUUCUCCACCGAUGAUGAAGUAUAUUGAUCAAAUUCUCCACAAAUGAUAAGUCAAUUAGGCACCGAUUUGGGUCAAUUGAUUUUUGGAUGACAUUUUCAUAAUUUUUUAAGCUUCGAAAUGCCAUUUUCUAUAGAUUUUGAAGGAUACAGAUCACAGAUUUGCCUUGAGGCUAUUAUUCAACAAUAAUUAUGUCCAUUAAGCACCGAUUUGGGCGUAUUUAUUCCAUGUCAAUUUUUGGCAGAUUCCAAAGGGGUACCAUCACAGAUUUCGGGAGAUUUUUUCGAAAUGUCAUUUUCUUUUGAUUCUGGAGGCUGCAUAGCACGGAAUCAAGCCGAGGCUAUUCUCCAUCGAUAAUGAAGUCUAAUGAUCCUAUUCUCCACGGAUGAUAAGUCCAUUAAGAACAUAUUUGUGUCAAUCUAUUUUUGGAUGACAUUUUCGUCAUUUUUUAAGUUUCGAAAAGCCAUUUCUUUAGAUUUUGAAGGCUACAGAUCACAGAUUCGCCUUAAGGCUAUUCUUUAACGAUGAUUGAGUCCAUUAAGCACCGAUUUGGGCGGAUUUAUCCCUGGUCAAUUUUUGGCAGAUUCCAAAGGGGUACCAUCACAGAUUUUGGGAGUUUUUUUCGAAAUGUCGUUUUCUUUUGAUUCUGGAGGCUACAUAUCAAGGAAUCAGGCCGAGGCUAUUCUCUACCGAUGAUGAAGCUAUUGAUCCUAUUUUCCACAAAUGAUAAGUCCAUUAAGCACCGAUUUGUGUCAAUUGAUUUUUGGAUGACAUUUUUCGUAAUUUUUUAAGCUUCAGAAAGCCAUUAUCUUUAGAUUUUGAAGGCUACAGAUCACAGAUUUGGCUUGAUGCUAUUCUUCAACGAUGAAUAAGUCCAUUAAGCACUGAUUUGGGCGGAUUUAUCCCUGGUCAAUUUUUGGCAGGUUCCAAAGGGGUACCAUCACAGAUUUCGGAAGAUUUUUUUGAAAUGCCAUUUUCUUUUGAUUUUGAGGCUACAUAUCAUGGAAUCAACCCGAGGCUAUUCUCCAUCAAUAAUGAAGUCUAAUGAUCCUAUUAUCCACGGAUGAUAAGUCCAUUAAGAACAUAUUUGAGCCAAUUUAUUUUUGGAUGACAUUUUCGUAAUUUUUUAAGCUUCGAAAGGCCAUUUUCUUUAGAUUUUGAAGGCUACAAAUCACGUAUUCGACCUGAGACUAUUCUUCAACGAUGAUUAAGUCCAUUAAGCAGCGAUUUGGGCGGAUUUAUCCCUGGUCAAUUUUUGGAAGAUUCCAAAGGGGUACCAUCACAGAUUUCGGGAGAUUUUUUCGAAAUGUCAUUUCCUUUUGAUUCUGGAGGCUACACAUAUCACGAAAUCUAGCCGAGAUUAUUCUCCACCGAUAAUGAAGUCUAAUGAUCCUAUUCUGCACGGAUGAUAAGUCCAGUAAGAACCGAUUUGGGCAUUUUUAUUUUCGGAUGGCAUUUUCGUAAUUUUUUGGGCGAAGAAAUGCCAUUUUCUUUGUAUUUUGAAGACUACAAAUCACGGAUUCGACCUGAGACUAUUCUUCAACAAUGAUUGAGUCCAUUAAGCACCGAUUUGGGUAUAUUUAUUCCUUGUUAAUUUUUGGCAGAUUUCAAAGGGGUACCAUCACAGAUAUCGGGAGAUUUUUUCGAAAUGCCAUUUUCUUUUUGAUUCUGGAGGCUACAUAUCACUGAAUCAGGCAGAGGCUAUUGUCCACCGAUGAUGAAGCUAUUGAUCCUAUUCUCCACAAAUGAUAAGUCCACUAAGCACCGAUUCGGGUCUAUUAUUUUUGGAUGACAUUUUCGUAAUUUUUUAAGCUUCGAAAGGCCAUUUUCUUUAGAUUUUGAAGGCUACAGAUCACAGAUUUGGCUUGGGGCUAUUCUUCAACGAUGUUUAAGUCCAUUAAGAACUUAUUUGGGAGGAUUUAUCCCUGGUCAAUUUUUGGCAUAUUCCAAAGGGGUAACAUCACAGAUUUUUGGAGAUUUUUUCAAAAUGUCAUUUUCUUUUGAUUCUGGAGGCUACAUAUCACGGAAUCAAGCCGAGGCUAUUCUCCAUCGAUAAUGAAGUCUAAUGAUCCUAUUCUCCACAGAUGAUAAGUCCAUUAAGAACAUAUUUGGGUCAAAUUAUUUUUUGAUGACAUUUUCGUAAUUUAUUAAGCUUCGAAAGACCAUUUUCUAAAGGCUACAGAUCACAGAUUCGACUUAAUGCUAUUAUUCUACGAUGAUUAAGUAUAUUAAGCACCGAUUUGCGCGGAUUUAUCCCUUUUCAAUUUUUGGCAGAUUUUAAAGUUACCAUCACAGAUUUCGGGAGAUUUUUUCAAAAUGUCAUUUUCUUUUAAUUCUGGAGGCUACAUAUUACAUAAUCAGGCCGAGGCUAUUCUCCACCGAUGAUGAAGCUAUUGAUCCUAUUCUCCAAAAAUGAUAAGUCCAUUAAGUACCGAUUUGGGUCAAAUGACCUUUGGAUGACAUAUUCGUAAUUUUUUAUGCUUCGAAAUGUCAUUUUCUUUAGAUUUUGAAGGCUACAGAUCACAGAUUUGGCUUGAGGCUAUUCUUCAACGAUGAUUUAGUCCAUUAAGCACUGAUUUAGGCGGAUUUAUCCCUGGUCAAUUUUUGGCAGAUUCCAAAGGGGUACCAUCACAGAUUUCGGGAGAUUUUUUCGAAAUGUCAUUUUCUUUUUUUUCUGGAGGCUACAUAUCCCGGAAUCAAGCCGAGGCUACUCUCCAUUGAUAAUGAAGUCUAAUGAUCCUAUUCUCCACGGAUGAUAAGUCCAUUAAGAACAUAUUUGGCCAAUUUAUUUUUGGAUGACAUUUUCGUAAUUUUUUAAACUUCGAAAGGCCAUUUUCUUUAGAUUUUGAAGGCUAAAGAUCGCAGAUUCGGUUUGAUGCUAUUCUUCAACGAUGAUUAAUUCUAUUAAACACUUAUUUGAGCGGAUUUAUCCCUGGUCAUUUUUUGGCAGAUUCCAAAGGGGUACCAUCACAGAUUUCGGGAGAUUUUUUCGAAAUGCCAUUUUCUUUUUAUUUGGAGUCUACAUAUCACAGAAUCAAGACGAGUCUAUUCUCCAUCGAUAAUGAAGUCUAAUGAUCCUAUUCUCCAUGGAUGAUAAGUCCAUUAAGAACAUAUUUGUGCCAAUUUAUUUUUGGAUGACAUUUUCGUAAUUUUUUUUAACUUCGGUAGAUUUUUUCGAAAUGCCAUUUUCUUUUUAUUUGGAGUCUACAUAUCACGGAAUCAAAACGAGUCUAUUCUCUACCGAUAAUGAAGUCUAAUGAUCCUAUUCUCCAUGGAUGAUAAGUCCAUUAAGAACAUAUUUGUUACAAUUUAUUUUUAGAUGACAUUUUCGUAAUUUUUUUUAACUUCGAAAGGCCAUUUUCUUUAGAUUUUGAAGGCUACAGAUCACAGAUUCGGCUUGAGGCUAUUCUUCAACGAUGAUUAAGUCCUUUAAGCACCGAUUUGGGCGGAUUUAUCACUGGUUAAUUUUUGGCAGAUUCCAAAGGGGUACCAUCAUAUAUUUUUAGAGAUUUUUCGAAAUGCCAUUUUCUUUUGAUUCUGUAGGCUACAUAUCAAGGAAUAAAGCCGAGUCUAUUCUCCACCGAUAAUGAAGUAUAAUGAUCCUAUUCUCCACGAAUGAUAAGUCCAUUAAGAACCGAUUUGGGCCAAUUUAUUUUUGGAUGGCAUUUUGGUAAUUAUUGUGCUAAGAAAGACAAUUUUCUUUGUAUUUUGAAGGCUACAAUCACUGAUUCGGCUAAGACUAUUAUUCAACGAUGAUUAAGUCCAUUAAGCACCGAUUUGGACAUAUUUAUAUCUUGUCAAUUUUUUGGAAGAAUUCAAAGGGGUACCAUCACAGAUUUCGGGAAAUUUUUCGAAAUGUCAUUUUCUUUUGAUUCUGGAGGCUACAUAUCGCGGAAUCAGGCCGAGGCUAUUCUCUACCGAUGAUGAAGCUAUUGAUCCUAUUUUCCACAAAUGAUAAGUCUAUUAAGCACCGAUUUUUGUCAAUUGAUUUUUGGAUGCCAUUUUCGUAAAUUUUUAAGCUUCAAAAGUCCAUUAUCAUUAGAUUUUGAAGGCUACAGAUCAUAGAUUUGGCUUGAGGCUAUUCUUCAACGAUGAAUAAGUCCAUUAAGCACCGAUUUGGGCGGAUUUAUCCCUGGUCAAUUUUAGGCAGGUUCCAAAGGGGUAUCAUCCCAGAUUUCAGGAGAUUUUUUUCGAAAUGCCAUUUUCUUUAGAUUCUGGAGGCUACAUAUCAUGGAAUCAAGCCGAGGCUAUUCUCCAUCAAUAAUGAAGUCUAAUGAUCUUAUUCUCCACGGAUGAUAAGUCCAUUAAGAAGAAAUUUGAGCAAAUUUAUUUUUGGAUGACAAUUUCGUAAAUUUUUAAACUUCGAAAGGCCAUUUUCUUUAGAUUUUGAAAGCUACAGAUUACAGAUUCGGCUCGAGGCUAUUCUUCAACGUUGAUUAAUUCCAUUAAGCACUUAUUUGGGCGGAUUUAUUCCUGGUUAAUUUUUGGCAGAUUCCAAAUGGGUACCAUCACAGAUUUUUAGAGAUUUUUCAAAAUGCCAUUUUCUUUUGAUUGUGGAGGCUACAUAUCAAGGAAUCAAGCCGAGUCUAUUCUCCACCGAUAAUGAAGUCUAAUGAUCCUAUUCUCCAUGGAUGAUAAGUCCAUUAAGAACCGAUUUGGGGCAAUUUAUUUUCAGAUUACAUUUUUGUAACUUUUUGGUCGAAGAAAGGUCAUUUUCUUUAGAUUUUGAAGGCUACAAAUCACGGAUUCUACCUGAGACUAUUCUUCAAUGAUGAUUAAGUCCAUUAAGCACCGAUUUGGGCAUAUUUAUUUCUUGUCAAUGUUUGGCAGAAUUCAAAGGGGUAGCAUCACAGAUUUAGGGAAAUUUUUCGAAAUGUCAUUUUCUUUUGAUUCUGGAGGCUAGAUAUCACGGAUCAGGCCGAGGCUAUUAUCCACCGAUGAUGAAGCUAUUGAUCCUAUUCUCCAUAAAUGAUAAGUCCAUUAACCACCGAUUUGGGUCAAUUGAUUUUUUGAUGACAUUUUCGUAAUUUUUUAAGCUUCAAAAGGCCAUUAUCUUUAGAUUUUGAAGGCUACAGACCACAUAUUUGGCUUGAGGAUAUUAUUCAACGAUGAUUAAGUCCAGUAAGCACCGAUUUAGGCGGAUUUAUCAAAGGUCAAUUAUUGGCAGAUUUCAAAGGGGUACCAUCACAGAUUUCGGGAGAUUUUUUCGAAAUGCCAUUUUCUUUUGAUUCUGGAGGCUACAUAUCAAAGAAUCAAGCCGAGUCUACUCUCCACCGAUAAUGAAGUCUAAUGAUCUUAUUCUCCACGGAUGAUAAGUCCAUUAAGAACCGAUUUGGGGCAAUUUAUUUUCGGAUGGCAUUUUCGUAAUUUUUUGGGCAAAGAAUGGUCAUUUUCUUUGUAUUUUGAAGGCUACAAAUCACAGAUUCGACCUGAGACUAUUCUUCAACGAUGAUUAAGUCCAUUAAGCAUCAAUUUGGGAAAAUCUAUUCCUUGUCUAUUUUUGGCAGAUUUUAAUGGGGUACCAUCAAAUAUUUCAUGAGAUUUUUUCGAAAUGUCAUUUUCUUUUUACUCAGGAGGCUACAUAUUGCGGAAUCAUGCCGAGGAUAUUCUCCUACGAUGAUGAAGCUAUUGAUCCCAUUCUCCAUAAAUGAUAAGCCCAUUAAGCACUUAUUUGGGUCAAUUGAUUUUUGGAUGACAUUUUCGUAAUUUUUUAAGCUUCGAAAGGCCAUUUUCUUUAGAUUUUGAAGUCUACAGAUCACAAAUUUGGCUUGAGGCAAUUAUUCAACAAUGAUUAAGUCCAUUAAGCACCGAUUUGGGCGGAUUUAUCCAUUGUCAAUAUUUUGCAAUUUUCUUUGUAUUCUGAAGGCAACAAAUCACGGAUUUGGCCUGAGACUAUUCAUCAACGAUGGUAAAGUCCAUUAAGCACCGAUUUGGGCAUAUUUAUUUCUUGUCAAUUUUUGGCAGAAUUCAAAGGGGUACCAUCACAUAUUUUUGAAAUUUUUUCGAAAUGUCAUUUUCUUUUGAUUCUGGAGGCUACAUAUCACGGAUCAAGCCGAGGCUAUUCUCCACCGAUGAUGAAGCUAUUGAUCCUAUUCUCCACAAAUGAUAUGCCCAUUAAGCACCGAUUUGUUUCAAUUGAUUUUUUGAUGACAUUUUCGUAAUUUUUUAAGCUUCAAAAGGCCAUUAUCUUUAGAUUUUGAAGGCUACAGAUCACAAAUUUGGCUUGAGGCUAUUAUUCAACGAUGAUUAAGUCCAUUAAGCACAGAUUUGAGCGGAUUUAUCCCUGGUCAAUUUUUAGCAGAUUCCAAAGGGGUACCAUCACAGAUUUUGCAAGAAUUUUUUGAAAUGUCAUUUUCUUUUGAUUUGGAGUCUACAUAUCACGGAAUCAAGCCGAGUCUAUUCUCCACCGAUAAUGAAGUCUAAUGAUCCUAUUCUCCACGGAUGAUAAGUCCAUUAAGAACAUAUUUGUGUCAAUUUAUUUUUGGAUGACAUUUUCGUAAUUUUUUAAACUUCGAAAGGCCAUUUUCUUUAGAUUUUGAAGGCUACAGAUCACAGAUUCGGCUUGAGACUAUUCUUCAACGAUGAUUAAUUUAUUAAGCACCGAUUUGGGUGGUUUUAUCCCUGGUUAAUUUUUGGCAGAUUCCAAAGGGGUACCAUCACAGAUUUUUAGAGAUUUUUCGAAAUGCAUUUUCUUUUGAUUCUGGAGGCUACAUAUCAGAAAAUCAAGCCGAGUCUAUUUUCCGCCAAUAAUGAAGUCUAAUGAUCCUAUUCUCCACGGAUGAUAAGUCCAUUAAGAACCAAUUUGGGCAAAUUUAUUUUCCGAUGGCAUUUUGGUAAUUUUUGGGGAAGAACGACCAUUUUCUUUGUAUUCUGAAGGCUACAAAUCCCGGAUUCGGCCUGAGACUAUUAUUCAACGAUGAUUAAGUCCAUUAAGCUCCGAUUUGGGCAUAUUUAUUUCUUGUCAAUUUUUGGCAGAAUUCAAAGGGGGUACCAUCACAGAUUUCGGGAAAUUUUUCGAAAUGUCAUUUUCUUUUUAAUUCUGGAGGCUACAUAUCACGGAUCAGGCCGAGGCUAUUCUCCACCGAUGAUGAAGUUAUUGAUCCUAUUCUCCACAAAUGAUAAGUCCAUUAACCACCGAUUUGGGUCAAUUGAUUUUUGGAUGACAUUUUCGUAAAUUUUUAAGCUUCAAAAGGCCAUUAUCUUUAGAUUUUUAAGUCUAUAGAUCACAUAUUUGGCUUGAGGCUAUUCUUCAACGAUGAUGAAGUCCAUUAACCACCAAUCUGGGCGGAUUUAUCCCUGGUUAAUUAUUGGAAAAUUCCAAAGGGGUACAAUCACAGAUUUUUAGAGAUUUUGCGAAAUUCAAUUUUCUUUUGAUUCUCGAGGCUACAUAUCACGGAAUCAAGCCGAGUCUAUUCUCCACCGAUAAUGAAGUCUAAUGAUCCUAUUCUCCACGGAUGAUAAGUCCACUAAGAACCGAAUUGGGACGAUUUAUUUUCGGAUGACAUGUUUAUAAUUUUUGGUCGAAGAAAGACCAUUUUCUUUGUAUUUUGAAGGCGACAAAUCACGGAUUCGACCUGAGACUAUUCUUCAAUGAUGAUUAAGUCAAUUAAGCCCCAAUUUGGGCAAAUCUAUUCCUUGUCUAGUUUUGGCAGGUUUUAAAGGAGUACCAUCACAGAUUUCGGGAGAUUUUUUUGAUAUGUCAUUUUCUUUUGACUCCGGAGGCUACAUAUUGCGGAAUCAUGCCGAGGAUAUUCUCCAACGACGAUGAAGCUAUUGAUACCAUUCUCCACAAAUGAUAAGUCCAUUAAGCACCGAUUUGGGUCAAUUGAUUUUUGGAUGACAUUUUCAUAAUUUUUUAAGCUUCAAAAGGCCAUUAUGUUUAGAUUUUGAAGGCUACAGAUCACAGAUUUGACUUGAGGCUAUUCUUCAACGAUGAUUAAGUCCAUUAAGCACCAAUUUGGGCGGAUUUAUCCCUGGUCAAUUUUUGGCAGGUUCUAAAGGGGUACCAUCACAGAUUUCUGGAGAUUUUUUCGAAAUGCCAUUUUCUUAUGAUUCUGGAGGCUACAUAUAAUGGAAUCAAGCCGAGACUAUUCUCCAUCAAUAAUGAAGUCUAAUGAUCCUAUUCUCCACAGAUGAUAAGUCCAUUAAGAACAUAUUUGAGCCAAUUUAUUUUUGGAUGACAUUUUCGUAAUAUUUUAAGCUUUGAAAGGCCAUUUUCUUUAGAUUUUGAAUGCUACAUAUCACAGAUUCGGCUUGACGCUAUUCUUCAACGAUGAUUAAGUCCAUUAAGCACCAAUUUAGGCAUAUUAAUUUUUGCCAAUUUUUGGCAGAAUUCAAAUGGGUACCAUAACAGAUUUCGUGAAAUUUUUCGAAAUGUCAUUUUCUUUUGAUUAUGGAGGCUACAUAUAAGGGAAUCAAGCCGAGUCUAUUCUCCACCGAUAAUGAAGUAUAAUAGUCCUAUUCUCCAUGCAUAAUAAGUCCAUUAAGAACCGAUUUGGGCCAAUUUAUUUUCGGAUGGCAUUUUGGUAAUUUUUUGGCGAAGAAAGACCAUUUUCUUUGUAUUUUGAAGGCUAUAAAUCAUGGAUUCGACCUGAGACUAUCCUUCAACGAUGAUUAAGUCCAUUAAGCACCGAUUUGAGCAUAUUUAUUUCUUGUCAAUUUUUGGCAGAAUUCAAAAGGGUACCAUCACAAAUUUCGAUAAAAUUUUCGAAAUGUCAUUUUCUUUUUAUUCUGGAGGCUACAUAUCACGGAAUCAGGUUGAGGCUAUUCUCCACCGAUGAUGAAGCUAUUCAUCCUAUACUCCGCAAAUGAUAAGUCCAUUAAGCACCGAUUUGGGUCAAUUGAUUUUUGGAUGACAUUUUCGUAAUUUUUUAAGCUUCAAAAGGCCAUUAUCUUUAGAUUUUGAAAGCUACAGAUCACAGAUUUGACUUGAGGCUAUUCUUCAACGAUGAUUAAGUCCAUUAAGCACCGAUUGGGGCAGAUUUAUUCCUGGUCAAUUUUUGGCAUAUUCCAAAGGGGUACCAUCACAUAUUUCGGGAGAUUUAUUCGAAAUGCCAUUUUCUUUUCAUUUUGGAGGCUACAUAUCACGGAAUCAAGCCGAAUCUAUCCUCCACCGAUAAUGAAGUCUAAUGAUCUUAUUCUCCACGGAUGAUAAGUCCAUUAAGAACUUAUUUGGGCCAAUUUAUUUUCGGAUGACAUUUUCGUAAUUUUUUGGGCGAAGAAAGACCAUUUUCUUUGUAUUUUGAAGGCUACAAACGGAUUCGGCCUGAGACUAUUCUUCAACGAUGAUUAAGUCCAUUAAGCACCGAUUUGGGCAUAUUUAUUUCUUGUCAAUUUUUGGCAGAUUUCAAAGAGAUCACAAAUUUCUAGAGAUUUUUUCGAAAUGCCAUUUUCUUUUGAUUCUAGAGCCUACAUAUCAUGGAAUCAAGCCGAGGUUAUUCUCCAUCGAUAUUGAAGUCUAAUGAUCCUAUUCUCCAAGGAUGAUAACUCCAUUAAGAACCGAUUUGGGCCAAUUUAUUUUCAGAUGACAUUUUGGUAAUUUUUGGGCGAAGAAAGAUCAUUUUCUUUGUAUUUUGAAGACUACAAAUUACGGAUUCGGCCUGAGACUAUUCUUCAACGAUGAUUAAGUCCAUUAAGCACCGAUUUGGGUAUAUUUAUCCCCAGUCAAUUUUUGCCAGAUUCCAAAGGGCUACCAUCACAGAUUUUGGGAGAUUUUUUCGAAAUGCAAUUUUCUUUUGAUUCUGGAGACUACAUAUCACGAAAUCAAGCCGAGUCUAUUCUCCACCGAUAAUGAAGUCUAAUGUUCCUAUUCUCCACGGAUGAUAAGUCCAUUCAGAAAAGAUUUGGGCCAAUUUAUUUUCGGAUGACAUUUUCGUAAUUUUUUAGGGCGAAGAAAGGCCAUUUUCUUUGUAUUUUGAAGGCUACAAAUCACGGAUUCGACGUGAGGCUAUUCUUCAACGAUGAUUAUGUCCAUUAAGCACCGAUUUGGGCAUAAUUAUUCCUUGUCAAUUUUUGGCAGAUUUUAAAGUGGUACCAUCACAGAUUUCGUGAGAUUUUUUAAAAAUGUCAUUUUCUUUUGACUAUGGAUGCUACAUAUUACGAAAUCAUGCCGAGGCUAUUCUCCAACGAUGAUGAAGCUAUUGAUCCUAUUCUCCUCAAAUGAUAAGUCCAUUAAGCACCGAUUUGGGUCAAUUGAUUUUUGGAUGACAUUUUCAUAAUUUUUUAAGCUUGAAAAGGCCAUUAUCUUUAGAUUUUGGCUACAGAUCACAGAUUUUGCUUGAGGCUAUUCUUCAACGAUGAUUAAGUCCAAUAAGCACCGAUUUGGGUGGAUUUGUCCCUGGGGAAUUUUUGGCAGGUUCCAAAGGGGUACCAUCGCAGAUAUCGGGAGAUUUUUUCGAAAUGCCAUUUUCUUUUGAUUCUGGAGGCUACAUAUCAUGGAACCAAGCCGAUGCUAUUCUCCAUCUAUAAUGAAGUCUAAUGAUCCUAUUCUCCACGGAUGAUAAGUCGAUUAAGAACAUAUUUGGGCUAAUUUAUUUUGAUUACAUUUUCAUAAUUUUUUAAGCUUCAAAAGGCCAUUAUCUUUAGAUUUUGAAGGCUACAGAUCACAUAUUUGGCUUGAGGCUAUUCUUCAAUGAUGAUUAAGUUCAUUAAGCAUCGAUUUGGGCGGAUUUAUCACUAGUCAAUUUUUGGCAGGUUCCAAAGGGGUACCAUCACAGAUUUCGGGAGAUUUUUUCGAAAUGCCAUUUUCUUUUGAUUCUCAAGGCUACAUAUCAUGGAAUCAAGCUGAGGUUAUUCUCCAUCGAUAAUGUAUUCUAAUGAUCCUAUUAUCCACGGAUGAUAAGUCCAUUAAGAGCAUAUUUGGGCAAAUUUAUUUUUGGAUUACAUUUUCAUAAUUUUUUAUGCUUCGAAAUGCCAUUUUCUUUAGAUUUUGAAGCCUACAGAUCACAGAUUUGGCUUGAGGCUAUUCUUCAACGAUGAUUAAGUUCAUUAAGCACCGAUUUGAGCGAAUUUAUCCUUGGUAAAUUUUUGGCAGAUUCCAAAGGGGUACCAUCACAGAUUUUGCGAGAAUUUUUUGAAAUGCCAUUUUUAUUUUGAUUCUGGAGGCUACAUAUCACGGAAUUAAGUCAAGGCUAUUCUUCAUCGAUAAUGAAGUCUAAUGAUCAUAUUCUCCACGGAUGAUAAGUCCAUUAAGAACAUAUUUGGGCCAAUUUAUUUUUGGAUGAUAUUUUAGUAAUUUUCAAGCUUCGAAAGGCCAUUUUAUUUAGAAUUUGAAGGCUACCGAUGAUAGAUUCGGCUUGAGGCUAUUCUUCAACGAUGAUAAAGUCUAUUAAGCACUGAUUUGGGCGGAUUUAUACCUGGUCAAUUUAUGGCAGAUUCCAAAGGGGUAACCAUCACAGGUUUCCGGAGAUUUUUUCGAAAUGCAAUUUUCAUUUGAUUUUGGAGGGUACAUAUCACGGAAUCAAGGCGAGUCUAUUCUCCACCGAUAAUGAAGUCUAAUGAUCCUA